AUGACAUACCUUGUCAAUCAUUUCGCAAUUCAUAACCGAAUUGGGUUAAAUAUUACAGUUAUUGCGGUCAUUAUCACAUGUUCUCAAGAUGUAAUUGGCGGAGCGUCUACGGGCACGUACCAGUGGGGUGUUGCACAUAGGGCUGUUAACAAAGCAGU